AUGCGGGCCAAUUUCUACUGCAUCGACAUCGUGACCGGCGAACCGGUCUGGCUCGAGCGUACCAAAGGGCCUCAACGUCCAGCCUUCAAGCGACGGAUGGGCACCUCGGAUGAGAGAUACUUUGUCGAGCUUCAGCCUGAGAAGCCGAGCACCAUGAGCUACCCAUUUGUCCUUGCAUCAGGCUGGAAGCAGAGGGGAGAAGCAGGCCCACAAGGCCGCGAACCGGUGUUGACGAGUGUGUACCGCGGAAGAGAAUAUCGCAACUUUCUCGAGCCUGGUCAUACAUAUCGGUUCGGCCUGACUGACGACGAAUGCAUCGCAUGGUGGCGCUACGGGACCAAAGCCGAGGUGUUAGAGCCGGGGGAUGGGCCGUUGGUGGCGGCUGGCAUUGGCUGGAGUGAACCGAGAAUCGUGCUGGGCUACACUGACACAGCGCAGAUCAGUAUCGAGGAGUGA